AACGUAUAUAACUUUUCUCCCACGUCAGACUAUUUCUGCUUCAUACGUAACUCUUCAAUUUUUUGAUUUUCUGUCUUGGAAAAAGGUGGGCUACCGCAGCCUUUUCCAGAGCACCAAUGCCCAUCAAGUCUCCAGGAACACGAAGCUUCAGUUAAAUCUGACAUCAUCCAUUGAGUCUGAUAGAGUGAUCCCCCACUAGAUCCUGGGUUUGCUUUUGCAGCGGAUAUUGGCAGUUCGAAAUAACCUGGUUUGAUGGCAAGACAUUCUUUUUUCACAGAUGGGCCUAUUGAGGAGAUACUGAACAAAGGGACAACGACUGUACAUGUUACAGCUCUGGAUGGUCUUGUCAAUGUCAAUUCCUUGUUCACGGUUGCAGUUUUUGUUGGGUUAUCUUUGGCAACUCCCGGCCAGAGAAGCUUAGAUGACUCAGGUACCUGUAAUGCAGGUGAGGAUAUUGCUAGGAACCUUUUGAUAUUUGAGGUGGCAUCAUUCAGUGCAUUUCUGUUUUCAAGUUUGAUUGCACAGGGUUUGAAGUUAGCAAUCAUGCUAAUCAAUAGCAAACAAGUUGAUGAUGCAUUCCGGGCUCAUAUCAACAACAAGAUGUUGAGGCUUGGAAUGCUUGCCUCUGCAAUUGGAUCUGUAAUGGGAUGUGUUUUUUUGAUGAUGUCAAUGGUCAAUGUUAUACAGAUCAGGCUUGGUGUAUUGUCCUGUGGGAACAGCUCCACUGUAAGGGCGACUAUAAGUCUGGUUGGUUUAGUUUCAACAGCCCUGAUUAUCUAUAUUUCUACUGUCUUUUAUGCCUUUACUCAUUAGAGCAAUGAAAUUCAGCCACAAGCCAGACAUAAAUGUGAUGCACUGCUACUCCCAAACUUGAGGAGAAUAUUGUAACCUACAUCAAGAUGCGUGUUUUUCAAUGUCCACGAUUUAAGUAAUGAGGAGCAGGAUUCCCUUAAGUGUCACAAUUCUGGUGUUUACAAUACCGUGAAUGUCAAAACAUUCGCAGCCUGCAGCCCUUGCACUACCUACCUUUGAAAACUUUUGGUUCUGUUCCUACCUGAAAAGAAUGGCAGUUGUUAAGAUCAACAAAAAGAUACAAUGAUGGAGAUGUCCUAGAUGAUUUUAUACUUUAUUUUGUAUUUUCCAAGUCUAAACUCUGAUGAGUACAAUUUUAUGUUAAUAUAAAUUGUUUUUUCA